AUGGAGAAAAAAAAUAUACAAAAUAUAUUAAAAGCAUAUUUUGAAAAUGACACACUAGGAUUACCAUCAGCACAAUUUUAUAAAAAAUUGGAUCGUCAUCUUUUUAAUUAUAAUAAUGUUAAUUCGAGACUUAAACAAAAUGAGUUAAAAGUGUAUUAUAACAUAUGUGAACUUUUUAAUACUACACAUAGAAAUGAUUUGUAUAGAAGGCUUUGUUCAGUACUCUUAUGGAAUCUAAGUACAGCAAGUACAAUUAUAAAUGAAGAAAAUAAUGUCUACAAUAACUGCGAACUUUUGAAUUAUUGGAUAUACAGUAGAUUAUCUUGGAUUUAUAAAAGGAUGUCUGGUCCUAUUACUGAUAAGUUUGGUAAACUUCAGUUGUUAUGGAAUUCUCUUGUUGAAACUCCUAUAUAUAGUUCAUUUUACAAUAAGUGUAGUCCAAAAUUUAAAAUUCUAUAUCAACGUAACUGGAUGCAAAGGAAAGAGUUAUAUGAUUACUGCAUCGAUUAUGAAACAAUUCUCAGCAUUUCUAAGAACUAUAAGGAUAAGCGAAAUAUCAUUAUUGAGUAUUUUAAUAGAAAAACCAAUUUAUAUAAUGAAUAUAACAAGUAUUGUAAUGAACAACAAUAUAAUAAUAAUUGUCCAGAAUUUUUUAGUAAAUGCAAGGAAUCUAGCCCAUCCAAUGCGUUAGCACAGAUUAAUCAUUAUAUUGAAGCGGAGAAAGGAAUUCCUGAGAAUUCUGCUGUUAAAAGCAAAGAUACAUUUUCCGGUCAUAAAAGUACAGAAAGGGAAAAUUCAGUAGAAGUUCAAUCCGAUGCAAUAGAUGCAAAGGAAUCUGAUGGUCAUUUUAUAUCAUUCGAUGUACUUGCUCCUGCAGAUGAUUCCUUAUUAACACUGUAUGGAAUAGAUGAAUUUGCUGAUUUAUUUAUAAAUCGUGGCGGAUCUAGCAUUAUAAAAAUUUUAGGAAAAGCUUUUCUGGGUUUAAUUUUAUUUACUCUACUUUCUAGUAUUUUGUAUAAAUUUACACCAAUAGGAAUUCGGUUGCGCAAAAUAUUUGGACAGAAAAAAAAUAUUAUAAGUGACGUAUAUAGAAGCAAAAAUAUGUUAUUUGAUUACUCAUCAGAACCUUGCAAUCCAAAAUAUAUGAAUAGAGAAGAUCAUUGUGUAGGAUACCAUUCUGAGUAA